ACAAAUUUUAACCAUUUACUGGUACAUGCGAACCAGCUGUGGCCCGAUCGAACUCCUCACAACUACUCGCUUUAGCAACCUGUUGCAGGACUUUUACUCUCCGCCAUAACCCAGUUGCUGCGCUCUUGGAAAUGCAGUACGUCGUCUCCCCAAGCCCACCAACCGGCCGUGAGAUUUCUUGCAAAGAUCUCGAGCCCACGAGAGCGCGGCGGCAACAUAGGGUUGACCAAGUCGCGAAUAUUGGGCUUGCGAGAGUGCGUAUCCGGCACAGACACUAUCACGCGCCUGCGCCAGAAUGGUGGGAAAACCCUCUUGGAACCCUUCCGCUGCGCAAUCAGCAAUGGCUCCCACGGUUUACGAUGAGCGGAAUCAAUGGGCAGUAUUGGUUCUGCAGAGGUGGUGAUUUUGAGCCACGACCACUCCCCUACCAAUUCCAACCCCCACUCGCUCAGAAUCCCGUCCCUGGGCGAGGUCAGCAUGUCUAAAAAGGCCGGCUUGUUAGUCACCCAGAUGGCGACCAGCCCAUCUCGAGCCAGCAGGGAUGGGAUCGGCACAUCAGACAACAGGGCGCGGAUAUCAUCAGUUGUGGUGGCCACCUUAUAGCCCCCCUUCUUGCGUUUGGCAGACCGAUUUGGCCAUGGGGGAUCCAAGACGAUCACGUUAAAAUUUGGUGCGCUUUGUAAGAGCAGUGUCUUGGUUUCCUGAAUCGUUCCGAGGACAUGAUGAGACUCGGGAGGGAAGUAGUAUCUCCCUUUCGUGGCAUCCUCUGCGGUGGUUGAGCAGCUCUCAAGGUCACAAGCAUGAGGGGAUUUAUAAUCAUCCACAGCUUUACCACCAUCUGCUAUCAUACGUUGGGGCGACAACUGCCGGGGCAACAAGUAUGGUCCUGAGUAGUUCGUCCUGAGCUCCUCCAAUGCUCCAGUUACAGAAGCCUGAAUCAUCAGCUGAGCUACCUGUGCGGCAGCUGGGAGUGGUGAGGGGCCGUUCUUAGGCUCCGGAGUUACAAAUGGAGUCUCCGGGGGCGGGCUGGAGAUAAGCCGUCUCGUCCAUGAAGUUCCGUCACGACAAGAGUUUGUGACCAGGCUCGGAGCUUCGGGGAGCGUGACAGCUGCGGGAUGCUGCUGAGCAUCUUCGAUAGACCUUGGCAGGUCCAACAGAACCACAGUCCCGUCGGUGCUUUCGAACAGAGUUGCCGCUGUCAUUUUAUGACGCCCAUGUGACCUAAACAGUCCAUUUUCCAGGCAGUGGGUUGUUCUCGAAUCUCGACACCUAAACGUGGCCGUUUUCGCCGAAAGUUUAGGGGGUUUAGUGUAGGUAUUGCGGGGCGAUUCUUGCCAAAAGAAGCGUCCUGUUUGGCCGAAUGCCUGGAAGAAGUGGGUCCGACUCUCACUUUCGGUAAGUCCUCGGCUGGCGACGGCUGCUGCUGGCUUGGGGGAGUCUGGGGGAAUUUCAAGGGUAGAAAGGCGUGGGCACACCGCUCGGCAUCGGGGAACACCCCCCUAAGAAUGACGUUCAUCUCCCGCAUUACCGGCGCCGUUGCUAGAGAACAGGAACUUAUUCUAAGACCUAGUUCUAGAACCAGGCGCUUGGACUAAGGGACAAAACAACUUUUUCCUCGACGGCGCACACAAUAGAAAGAAGCAACACUCUUAUUGCUCGUUGACAAAUUAAACCCCUACCUCGGAAUGUUUGCAUAACCGUCGUAGUCGCCAAGGUAGCACCCCUCAAGAGAACAAACCUUUUGCGCGCCGGCUCGUCCCUUCUUUUUUUUUUCUCAUAUCUGCUGCAUCGGAUCGACGGAUCCAACGGGUCGCGGGGCGGAAUGCCGCCUGCGCAUGCAAACCAUGCCUCAAUGCCAGGUAUUACACAGCAACACCAACCACCAAAGGAUAUCGAUUAUGCAGAGGUGAUCGCGCAACCGCUUGCGCCCAAGAAGCGCGUCGUCGAUAAGCAGAGCUUUGAAUAUGCGUGGCGAUCUGGUGUCGCCGGUGGGCUUGCCGGCUGUGCGGCGAAAACAGUCGUUGCCCCCCUCGAUCGCGUCAAGAUCCUCUUUCAGUCGAGCAACCCCCAGUUCGCAAAAUAUUCGGGUUCAUGGGCAGGAGUCGCCGAGUCGUUGAGGGUCAUACAUGACCAGGAAGGCGCGGCUGGCCUCUUCCGCGGCCACUCUGCAACGCUUAUGCGAGUGUUUCCGUAUGCCGCCAUCAAGUUCCUCGCCUACGAGCAGAUCCGAUCGGUAAUAAUCCCGGACCAUAACCACGAGACCCCGCUCCGCCGACUGGUCAGCGGAUCACUGGCCGGCAUUACAUCAGUGUUUUUCACGUACCCUCUUGAGGUCGUGCGGGUGCGCUUGGCGUUUGAGACAAAGCGCGAGGGCCGCUCAUCACUCCUCGAGAUAUGCAAAAAGAUUUACCACGAACAACCAGUCGCACCAAAGCCACUGGCCUCCAACCUGGCUGCAUCUACAGGUGUUCAAGCGGCUGCAGCGACUCAGUCAGUACUGGAAGCGGCGGUGCCGAGGUCUGGACUGGCCAACUUUUAUAGGGGGUUCUCCCCGACCAUGCUGGGCAUGCUUCCGUACGCCGGCAUGUCGUUCCUGACACACGACACGUGCGGCGACAUUUUGAGGCGGCCAUUCCUAGCCAAGUGGACUACUUUACCACAACCGGACAACGCCACGCCGGGCAAGCCGGCGCCGCUCAGGUACUGGGCAGAGCUUCUGUCGGGCGGAAUUGCAGGUCUCGUGUCGCAGUCGGUCUCGUACCCGUUGGAAGUCAUACGACGGCGCAUGCAGGUUGGCGGUGCCGUAGGAGACGGGCGCAGGCUGCGCAUCGCCGAGACGGCGGGCUUGAUCAUGAAGGAAAAAGGUAUACGUGGGUUCUUUGUCGGUUUGACGAUUGGCUACGUCAAGGUGGUGCCCAUGGCUGCAGUGGCUUUCUACACAUAUGAGCGUUUCAAGCUUUGGUUUGGGAUCUGACAAUAUCGUUUUCCUUUGUGCUUUUACUCGGUGCAGGUGCAGGGAUAUAUAGAGACUUGCUUUCAGAGUGGACUUCCAAGUUGAAUAUGGGAGGGACAUUUUUGGCGUCUGUUCGAGAGAGGUUGAGAUAUAAAGAUGCAGCCGGAUGAUAUCUACCUAGACUAGAUGCCUAGUAUAUGGACAGGCUUGAACACAAUACCUAGAAGCAGACUGAAACGCCAAAGCCCAUAAACAUGCAUAUGAAGCAUAAUUAUCUCCAAAAGCCAGCUAGGUAUGAAACAAGAAAAUAUAAUACAUGUUCACAAUG